AUGAAUUCAAACAAGACACUACGAGACUUACUCACCCAACAGAAGCCGGUUUUUGAAAAUUAUGUAAGACGUCCUAGCUACGAUUCAUAUGAUGAGAAUUUUCCAACUAUCAAUGAUGUCCGCCUGUGGAACGCUUUCAACAUGGACUAUCUUAAGAAUAGCGACCUCUCCCUCAUCCUCGACUACGAAAUACCCCAUCAGAAAGAAAGUCACAUUACGAAUCAACAAGACGAUGAUGACAACAGUCCUGACACAGCCUAUUUUUAUAAUCAGCCUCUUAUAGCCCAGAAUGCUGCGUUGAUGGAACAAGCUCUCACUACUGUCAUAAGCCAUCACAAAGGCUCAGCAGGGAAAAGACUUUGGAACACAUGGCAAGAUGGUUAUCAUACGACCGUAUUCAACAUCCCAGGUGUGGAAGAUUCCCUACUGGAUCACAUCAUUGCGCUUGACUCCGAUGGCUCGCGGCGGGCCCUGGUGGCUGGCAUUGGGAGGCCGAAUAGGAGAUUCCAGGCAAAUCAACUUCUAAGUCCAAAUUCGCAGAGGAGGAAAUUGCAACAAAACUGUGUACAUAUUCUUGCGCAGCUUGCACACGUGUGUGCUGCUGUAGACAUUACGUAUGGGUACAUUCAAACAGAAGCACAAUUGGUCGUAUGCCACUUCAUAAAGUCCGAAAAAGCGAAUACGAUGGACGUGGAGAUCAUGCCCAUCCCAAUGUCUCCGUAUGAAAAAAAAGAGUUCACUGCAGACCUUGGUCUGUUUUGGCUCUGCAUGAUGUCGUUUUCGGAUGACUAUCAACCCCUUACAUGUGAAGCUAAGGUUGAACAGCUUCUUUCAGGUCCCCAGGAGAAAUAUGGGGCUGUUAACGCCGCCAUAGAGCUGCUACAUAAUGUAGCCUCGCGCUCAGACGGACAAGCGGCUGAGACUAUCAGAGUCGCUAUAAAUAAGCUCAGGGGGUUGACCUUGCACCCAAAGGAUGCAACUUUUACAAAUGCUAUAAAACUGCUAGAGCUUAUAGCGAAAAUCCCAACCCAAAAAGAGACCAACACCACGGACCAAGAAAGGGCUGGGAUAUUCAACCAUUCUACCGCUGAGCCACAGAAUGCAGGCCCGUCCAUGAACUAUCCAAUGACUGGAAUGUUCGGCACUUUUACUGCGCAGCCAGAGAAUAUGAGCCCGUCCAUGAACUAUCCAAUGACUGGAAUGUUCGGUACUUUUACUGCGCAGCCAGACAAUAUGGGCCCGUCCAUGAACCAUCCAAUGAGUGGGACGUUCAACACUUUUACUGCGCAGCCAGAAAAUGCAGCCUCGUUCCCUUAUCAAGGAAAUCAAGGAAUGGCCUGGAGUCCCGUGACUCCCAUAACUCCUAUGUUCGGGACGGGGGGCGGAUAUCCUGCGGUUUGA